AUGACAACCAGGGGCUUGGAGGAUCUGGACGGGGGUCUGGGCAGCUGCCUCCCCAGCGACGACCUCUCGUUCCUGGAGGAGCCAGCUCCAGGCCGGCGGCCAGACGGCAAGGCAAGAGGGACAUCCAGGCCAGGCGGCUCUAACAGCUGGACACAGGUCCUUCAGGACCCUGUGACUGCUGGCGCUGCGGACGGCGGGGCCAAGAAGAUGGAAAAAGAGCUCGCGGCCAAGGAGAGCGCAGGAGCCAGCAAGGCUGCAGCAAGUCCCCGGAGCGUUCCGGCGCGCAAGAAGUCGCAGGCUGCGCCCCCCCUGAAGCCGCCCCCGCCGCCGCCCGCGCCACCCAGCGACGACGAGCUGCCCUGGGGAGACCUGACGCUCAACAAGUGCCUGGUGCUGGCCUCGCUGGUGGCGCUGCUGGGCUCGGCCCUCCAGCUGUGUCGGGACGCAGUGGCUGGGGAGCCUGCCCCCCAGCAGUGGGUCCUGCCCAGCUCUCCACCCAAGAAGCCAGCGUCACCUCCGCCUAAGCCCCUGCCCUCAGCGCCCCCAUCCAGGCCUUCUGAGCCCCCAUCCGGGCCACCCCAGACCCAAGCACAGAUGCUGGACAAGCCUGAGUGUCCUGGGAGCCCGGAGGCUACAGAAACCCAGGAGGAGCCUGGGGGGUCCUCUCCGGACGCCUCUGGGGAGGAACGCUCACCCCUCGGGGACCGUAGGACCCAGGAGAAGCCGAGGAAGGAGAAGCCAAGGAAAGAGGAGAAGCUGAAGAAGGAGAAACCGAGGAGGGAGAAGCCAAGGAGAGAGGAGAGGCCAGGGGCCAGCAGGGAGCCCCGCCAGCCCCUGCCCAGGCGCUGGGAGGGGCGGGAAGGAGGCCAUAGGCAGUGGAGGCGGGACUCCAGGGACCUGGGGCACGACAAGCGGCAGGCCUGGGCUCCCCAGCGACGCCGUGACCACGAAGACCGGCCCAGACAGAAGCACCGUGGGGGAAAGGGGCGUGACUGA